AUGGUACACCAAAACGUGUCUCCAAGGCAGCCUCUGAGCACAACUAUGAGUACGAAUCUCGGUGGUCCUCAUGUAGGCGCAGUUACCAGCCGUCCUGUUCCUCCCACCCCCGGAACGAAGGUCGACGGACCUCAGGUGACCUCGACCGGAGACAAAUAUGGACUCUUUCGAAUGCCCACAUGCAAAGAGGAAUACGACAGCUGUGAGAAACGCUUUGAUUGGUUGCAGUCGGAAAAGGCACUGCUAGAAAAGGAUUUGCACAGGCUUACAAUGGAAAGCGGUGCUGGCAGACUGAAACCGUCACUAGGAUCUACGGCUCAGUCGGAGGAGGUAUUCCUCUUCCUGUUUAUAUGGCACAUUUUUACUGGCCUUUCAGCGCCCUACCAGAUUUCUGGUUCACACAGGUUGUCUUGA